GCAGGCAAGUGCAGCGAGUGGCGGUGUUGCCAUGGAGAUGGAAUACAUCCUCCUGGAGAGAUGACGUCCGCCAACCCCCCUUCCUCUCGUAGCUCCUCCCCCCAGAAGGUGUGCCACACUCAGACGCAGACGGACAUCUUGAAACCCCUGCUGGGCGGCGGUCUUUCCAACGCGGGCGCCACGUUGAGGAAGCGGCGGCGAGUGUUAUCCAAAGAUGGCCGCAGCAACAUCCGCAUCGAGCAUGUUAGCGGGCGGGGGUCUCUGUACAUGCGAGACCUGUGGACCACCUUUGUGGACAUGCAGUGGCGCUACAAGUUCUUCCUGUUCACCGCCACCUUUGCCGGAACCUGGUUCCUGUUCGGGGUGCUGUGGUACCUGCUGGCACUGGUGCACGGAGACCUGCUUGAGUUCGAGCCUUCGUCCAACCACACUCCGUGCGUGAUGCAGAUGCAGACGCUGACGGGCGCCUUCCUCUUCUCUCUGGAGUCGCAGACCACCAUCGGCUACGGCUUCCGCUGCAUCACCGAGCAGUGUCCGGUCGCUAUCGUCCUGCUCAUCAUCCAGCUGCUCAUCACCACGCUCAUGGAGAUCUUCAUCACCGGCACCUUCCUGGCCAAGGUUGCACGUCCGAAGAAGCGAGGCGAGACGGUCAAGUUCAGCCAGCACGCCGUGGUGUCAACACAGGAGGGCCGACCCUGCCUCAUGAUCAGGGUGGCCAACAUGCGCAAGAGCCUCCUGCUCGGCUGUCAGGUGACAGGUAAGCUGCUCCAGUCGUCUCUAACCAAGGAGAGCGAGACGGUCCGCCUGGACCAGAGGAACGUGGCCUUCCAGGUGGACACGUCCAGCGACAGUCCCUUCCUCAUCCUGCCGCUCACCUUCUACCACGUCAUCGACGACGACAGCCCCCUCAGGGCCUGGGCCGCCAAGGGCGGCGGCUGGACUGAUCCGGAGUUGGCCGACUUUGAAUUGCUGGUCAUCCUCAGCGCGACGGUGGAGCCCACGUCAGCCACCUGCCAGGUCCGCACCUCCUACCUACCUGACGAGAUCCUUUGGGGUUACGAGUUCCCGCCGGUGGUCUCCCUGUCGCCGUCGGGCAAAUAUGUGGCCGACUUUGCCUUUUUCGACAAAGUGGCCAAAAGCAACGUGGCGCCCGUCUUCAAGGCGUCGGGGGGCCCGCGACACGGUUACCAGAGCAACGGCGGCGGGAUGCUUCCCGACGGGUCAGACCCGGAGAAGGUCCGCCUGGAGCAAAGCUACCGGGAGGAGCGAGGCCGUGUCAGCGUUCGUAUCAGCAAUGUGUGAAGACCUGAACGAGACUUGUUUGUUUUUUGGACUGGGGUGCCGUCCACCUCACAAAACCUGAGCGGAAACUCAGCAAAAUCAAAUAGAACUGAAGAAAGAAUAAGCCGGCGGGAGGUGGCAGAAUUCCUUUUAAAGGAACAAAUGUAUAUAGUCUAAACUCCACAUUUUCAUCUUAUGGAGGUGUCUCAAUACCUUUGUCCGAAUUGCACAUUUUAUUAACUUGUCAGUUUCAGUAGGUGUCCCAAUUCUUUUGUCCAAACUCCACAUUUUCACUUCCUGUAGGUGCUCCAAUACUUUUGCCCAAACCCCACAUUUAACUUCCUUUAGGUGUCCCAAUACUUUUGACCAAACACCCCCCACCCCAGGGAGGUGUCCUAAUACUUUUGUACAACUUUCUGUUAAGUCCUAAUCAUUUUGUCCACAUUGUCUUUCCUUUUUGCACUUCCUGAAGGUGUCCCAAUACUUUGGUCCAAACUUCACAUUUUCCCUUUUCAUAGGCGUCUUCACCACUGCCUUUUGCGUACGCUUUUUCGUGGGCCCUGUUCCACAAGUGACCUAUUUCAGGCUUCUGAUUGGCCAAAAAGGGCCUCACGGUUCUGGCACAAUGCGCCCCCGGUUGUGGUGGCAUGCACUUGCAAAUGCCUUUUAAUGUGGACAGGAAAGGAUUAUGAGGGCCACACAGAAAAAAAAAAUAUAUAGUGAGAAGAAAUACUUUUAUUGCGACAAUAAAGUGAUUUAGUUCAGAAAACCUAAUUUAAAAAUGUUAACAUAACUAUUUAAGAAAAAAAGUCUUAAUAUUAGACGAAUUGUCAUUUUUGGGGGGAACUAAGUAGUGACCUUUUUUGUUUAAGUACGAUUGUUUUUUUUAAUUAGAUGAGAAUAAAGUUGUAUUUUAUUGGAAACUAUUUUUGUAGGAUUUUUUUUUGAAAGGAAAAAAUUGUAAUCUCAUGAGAAUAGAGCUUUACGUUUUUGGAUAAAAACAUUUUUUUGUUUAAAAAGUUAGACAUUGUACAUUAUUUUUUAAAACUUAGGAGAAUAAAGUUAUAUUUUUGUGAAAAAAAGUUAUAUU